AUGAAAAUGGACGCUGGUCGACGGAAGCCUCAUGCCGAGCUUCGAGAGCAGUUGCGGGAACUCUCCGAGAAGACGGCUCUCGAGAAUGAGGAACUGAGAAAGGCUCUCGGCAAGGCCCAGCGUGACCUUGAAAUCCCCUGCCCCAGAUGCGGGGAAUCGGAGGGAAAAUUACGAUCCCAGGCCACGAAUGCAGGCCUCCAAAAAGGGGAGACUGGCAAGGAACUGCAGGGGAGUGGCCGAGGAGCAGAUGGGGAGCUGCCAUCGACGUCCAAGCGUCAAUCCCAAGAUGGCGAAGGACAACCUCCCAAGAGACGCCGGCCGGAGGAUGGAGGUGCGUCGGAGACGGACGAGGACGGGCGGACCGCGUUGCACCGGGCGGCAAUGUGGGGAGACACGGAGAGGAUCAGGGAGCUGCUGGACAGAGGACUGGACACGAGAGCAAGGGAUACACGUGGACGGACGCCCCUCCACGUGGCUCUGGAGUUUGACAGGGAGGCCGCGGCGGAGCUGCUGGCGGAAGCGGACUGCAUCACGGAUGUGGUGGAUUUCUACUGGUGCACUCCUCUGCAUCGCGCUGCCGAGAGUGGGUGCGUGAAUGUCAUCCGUAUCCUGCUUGCGGGGGGAGCAGACGCAAGUGCUGAACCGACGCCCCUCCAUCUUGCCUUGAUGAGUGGGAAGGAGGCCGCGGCGGAGGUGCUGCUGGGGGCCGCCCCCGAAUGCGACGGGCCGGACUGUUGGGGCCGCACCCCCCUGCACCUAGCUGCGAGAAGAGGUCUCCCGCGGAUAGUUCAAUCUUUGCUGUCGAGGGGUGCGCGUUUGAAGCUUAAAAAUAGAGGUGGACACUGUCCCCUGGACCAUGCCCUGCGGUGUAAACAAGACGGUGUGGCGAUUGUGCUCCUGGCGACCUACGCGUGGAGGGGCAUCGAGAUUCAUUGGGAGGAGAUGAGGCUCCCACAGGAGCAAAAGGAGCGCGGCGUACGGUUGCUCUCCGAGUGCGAGGCCGAGAUGAGGGUGGCCCGGGUGGAGGGGACCCGCCUCUCCCUCCGCGACAUCGCCCGCCGACCCCCCUCCCGCCUGGCCCGGCGCCUCUCCGACGAUGCGAUCCGGCGGCUCUCGGACCGGGACCUCCUGGCGCGGGGUUUCCCGCUCUUCGGCGACCUCCUCCUCGUCCGGCUCGGGGAGGUCCGGGAGAGGAGGGCCCUGGAGGACCGCUUCCUGCGCUGCUUCCCCCUCCUCUGCCGGCCCCUGCCCCCCACCUGCACCGACGUCCUCCUCGCGUGCCUGGCGGACGACGACCUGAGGCACUUCGCCCGGGCCGCGGAGCUCUAGUCGCCGAUAUUCCGUUCGGGUGCCUCGCAAUGGGAAAAGGAAAAUAAAGAUCACGGGACUCUGCUCGAACUGUAUGAACCUCUUGUUUCUGAACGUAGAAAGUGCCCGAGAUAGUUGAUUGAACUUUAUUUGCUUUUGUUUCAGUGAACGAACCCGUUUGUCUUGUCAAGGCAAUUAUUCUGAGACACCUUUCAAAUGGCUUUGUCUAUCGUGUGUGAAAUGCUUUGUGUGUAUCAAUCACGUAAUAAAAGGA